CAGUAUCUAGAAACUCGAAUUCAGGAUCUAUUCAUUUGUUCUCUCUUUCAAAGUAAAAAAUUAGCAUAGCUUCUCUGCAAAAUUCUGUGCAGCCAUGGAUUACAAGAAGAAUCCAUGGCCUAUGAUGCUUUCUUUUCUCUUCAUCUGCCUAUCUCUCAACAAUCAUCUUUCCCUUGGAGCUGACACCAUCUCUGCAAACCAACCUCUCUCUGGUGACCAAACUAUUAGCUCUAACGGUGGGAACUUUGAGCUCGGUUUCUUCACACCAGGUAACUCUUCUCGUUCUAACUACUAUAUAGGCAUGUGGUACAAGAAAGUCUCUCUCAGAACCAUAGUUUGGGUGGCAAACAGAGAGACGCCAGUCUCUGAUAGAAGUUCUUCUGAAUUGAGAAUCUCAGAUGGUAAUUUAGUUCUGUUCAAUGAGUCUCAAAUUCCAAUUUGGUCAACAAAUUUGAACUCUACGAGCUCUGGUCCUCUAGAAGCUGUGCUUCUAGAUGAUGGAAAUUUUGUGCUGAGAGAUGGGUCUGCUAAUUCAUCAAAACUUUUGUGGCAGAGUUUUGAUAAUCCAACCCAUACAUGGCUUCCUGGUGGUAAGAUAGCAUACAACAAUAAAACCAAACAAAAUAUGCAUCUUAUUUCAUGGAAGAAUUCUGAGAAUCCUGCACCAGGACUCUUCGCUCUUGAGCUACAGCAAAAUACCAGUUCCUAUAUUAUUCGAUGGAAUAAGUCUGUACCAUACUGGAACAGUGGACCUUGGGAUGGAAAAAUUUUCAGUUGGGUUCCCGAGAUGAGAGCCAAUUAUAUUUACAACUUCAGUUAUGUUUCAAAUGAAAAUGAGAGCUAUUUCACCUAUUCGCUUUAUGAUCCUUCUAUUAUAUCUCGAUUUGUGAUGGAUAUAUCGGGGCAGAUUCAGCAGCUUUCAUGGUUGGAAAGUACCAAGCAGUGGAAUUUGUUUUGGUCUCAACCAAGGACACAAUGUGAGGUUUAUGCUUUUUGUGGACCUUUUGGUAUAUGCAACCAGCAAUCCUUGCCUUUUUGUAGUUGCUUGAAGGGUUUUCAGGUUAGCUCCAGCAACAGUUGGAAUUUGUCAGAUUUUUCAGCUGGGUGUGCAAGAAAAACCAGAUUGCAGUGUGGGAAUGAUAGUCUUGCUAAUGGUAAGAGGGACAAGUUUUUGGAAAUGCCCAACAUGAAAUUGCCUGAUCAUCCACAAACUGUGGCAGUUGGAAGUUCAUCAGAAUGUGAAUCAACCUGCUUGAAUAACUGCUCUUGCACUGCUUAUGCUUAUGGCGACCAUUGUUCAAUUUGGAUUGGAGAUCUCUUAAAUCUGCAACAACUCACAAGCGCUGACACUAGUGGAGGAACUCUAUAUCUCAAACUUGCAGCUUCCGAGUUACCCAAUUCUAGAAACAGUAAGGCAAUUAUUAUAGGUGUAGUCCUGGGUUCAGUUGCGGGGAUAGCAAUUCUUGUAGGCCUUAUUGCAUUUGUAAUCUUUAGGCGAAGGAGGGGAGCAAUUGGAACAGCAAAAGCAGUAGAGGGAUCAUUGGUGGCAUUUGGGUACAGAGACUUGCAAAAUGUGACCAAGAAUUUCUCGGAGAAAUUGGGGGGAGGGGGUUUUGGUUCUGUUUUCAAAGGGAUUUUACCUGAUUCAACGGUCAUUGCGGUCAAGAAACUUGAAAGCAUCAGCCAAGGAGAGAAGCAAUUCCGCACUGAAGUCAGCACAAUUGGGACAAUCCAACAUGUAAAUCUUGUUAGGCUUCGGGGCUUCUGCUCUGAAGGAACUAAGAAGUUGCUGGUCUAUGAUUACAUGCCGAAUGGGUCUUUAGAUUCUCAACUUUUCCAUGAAAAGAAUUCUGGGGUUUUGGAUUGGAAUACAAGAUAUCAGAUUGCUCUGGGAACAGCUAGAGGGUUGGUUUAUCUCCAUGAGAAGUGCAGAGACUGCAUCAUACACUGUGACAUAAAACCAGAAAACAUUCUUCUAGAUGCUGAGUUGUGUCCAAAAGUGGCAGAUUUUGGUCUGGCAAAGCUUGUUGGGCGUGAGUUCAGCCGAGUCCUGACAACCAUGAGAGGUACAAGAGGUUAUCUUGCUCCAGAGUGGAUUUCUGGGGUGGCCAUUACAACCAAAGCCGAUGUUUACAGCUAUGGAAUGAUGCUUUUUGAAUUUGUUUCCGGGAGGAGAAACUCUGAGCCAUCUGCUGAUGGCAAAAUUAGAUUCUUCCCAACUUGGGCUGCAAGCCUUAUAACACAAGGUGGCGAUGUCCUUAGCCUUUUAGACCCCAGGCUGGAGGGAAAUGCUGAUGUAGAAGAGGUCACAAGAAUAUGUAGACUUGCUUGUUGGUGCAUCCAAGAUGAUGAAACUCAUAGGCCACCAAUGGGUCAGGUAGUUCAAAUCCUUGAGGGAGUUUUAGGUGUGAACCUAGCCCCAGUUCCAAGAUCUCUCCAGGUGUUUGUUGACGACCAGGAGCACAUAAUUUUCUUCACUGAAUCAUCCUCCAGCCAAAGUUCACAGGCACGGAGUAACAACUCAAAUGCUUCGUCUCAAUCCAAUACUAGUGUGUCAUCAAGUUUGAAGUCUUGAAGAGAAAUAAAUUGAGAUUGAGCUCUUUUAUGUUUAGUUAUAUGUUCUGCAUUUUUGUUUCUUUAUAUUUAACUUUCUAGCCUAAAGUUGCUUUGUGUAGAUUCAAUGGAAGCAUUGCUUCAAAAAUCUCAAAUAAUGUAAUUGCUAUGGGCCUAUUGCUUCCACUGUAAUUAUUAGCGUUGUUCAAGUUAUCAUCUCUAUGACUUUGUUAA